GGGGCGCUCCGCCGGCCCCUCGCCGCCGCUGCCCGCCUGGCCCGGGCCCGGGCCCGCCCUCAGGUACUCGCGUCCCUUGCUACAGGGCCCAGACAAAAUAAUAGCAUUUUCUAUGAAAUUCGCACAUACGAUAUUAAGCCAUCGAAGAUGAAGGAGUUUGUGGAAAUGGUCAACAAGUACUUUCACCUUCGCACAGCUCACUCAGAGCUGGUGGGAUUCUGGUCUGCGGAGCUGGGAGCGAUGAAUAAGGUGUUCCACGUUUGGAAGUACGAUAAUUUUGCCCACAGAACAGCAGUCCGGCAUGCACUAGCCAAUGACAAAGACUGGCAGGGAAAAUUCAUCUCCCCAGCUCUCUCCUUGAUAGAAAAGCAGCACAAUGAGGUUGCUUAUCUGGUACCCUGGUGUCAACUUGGGAAGCCUCCAAAAGAAGGGGGAGUAUAUGAAUGGGUUACUUUCCAGAUGAAGCCUGGUGGGCCAGCAUUGUGGGGUGAAGCAUUUCGAGCUGCAAUCAACGCUCACAUCAACACAGGCUACACCAAGCUGAUAGGUGUUUUCCACACAGAGUAUGGAUUACUUAACACAGUCCACGUGAUCUGGUGGAACGAGAGCCCAGAUCACCGGGCAGCGGGAAGGCACAGUGCCCAUGAAGAUGCCAGAGUGGUAGCAGCUGUGCGGGAUAGUGUCAGAUUCUUGGAGUCCCAGCAAAAUGUGCUCCUGAUUCCUCUGCAGUGCUCGCCACUGAAGUAACCUUCUUCUAAAGGAUGUAACUGAUGGCAGAAAGGACGAGAUGGAAGUGCUGUCAGCAAGUGCCAUCACAUGGAUCAUCAUACCCUCAUGAACUGAGCUCUUCUUCAGUUUACAAUAAAUGGAUGCAAAAUGCUGAUCACUAGCAAUGUAAAUCAGUAAAAUUUUGCAGACUGAUAGCAAUUGCUGAACAGAAGUUUAUGUUGAUGUUCCUACAUCCCCAGGAAAAAGAACUCACUUACAGCAUGAACCACAUUUCAACUAUUUUUUAUUUUAACCCCUCCGUUCUUAAUACUUUUCUGCAUAGCUAGAUCACUUAUCAACCCUAGUAAGUUAAGUGCUCUUUUCCAACGUUACAGCUCAGGGCUGGUAUCAUUUUGAUAAUGUACUUUGGUGACUCUUAUAAUUAUCACAUCUUGGCUAUUGCAUACUGGUUGAAGAAGGAAUGUCCCUACAUAUCUGUUACCCAGUUACGUUUUAAUCGGACUUCUCAUUGGGAUGCUUUGUAUUAAUUCUGAGUAAUGUAAAACAUCAGUGUGGCUAGAAUUGCACCUAGGAGGUGCUGCAGUGGAGCUGGUCAGGUAGCGUGUCUCGAUGCACUCUGCCACGAGACAACCAUUUAUUCACUAUCUUGUUACAGUUCACUUCAGCCCUUUCCUUUUUUGUUCAGUAAACACUUCCUCAAAACUGUGGAUUACGCACAUAAUGGUUUGCCAUAGGGAUUUUAAUAUUUGUUUAGGGUGCUGAAGUUGAUUAGCCCUUCUUGUUCAACUGUGUAGUCAAACUCAGCUGAUCUACACGUGCUUACAAUCCUUGAAAUACUUUUUGCCAGACUGUUAAAAGCCAAAUAAAUGUGUACAAAGCAUGAAUUUUUAGUGUUUACAGCUCAAGCUCUUACUCUUUUUAAACUGUGAAAUGACAAACCCCAUUCUCCAAGUACAGCAUUUUGCAGGUGUUGCAUUUUGGUCAACAACAGUCUUGGUAAUAGUUGUUUUAGAACCAGUAAGCUAGAGUGAAUAGCAGCAGGGCAGAGGGCACAUGGGAUGAGAAGUCAAACUUGUAUUUUGCGUACAGUGGUACAGAGCACCCUCUUCUGCAAUUUAAAGGUCACUAACUGGCAGAGCACUCAGGAGGCUUUUCCACGGGUUAAUCACUGACCUGCAAUGAGCAAUUGAUUUCACUUCUCUACUGAAGUAUUUUCGUGCAGUCUGCCUAAUGAUGAUUAUUGCUUCUGUAAAGUGCAUUAAGAUCUCAUGGAAAGCACUAAAAAACCAGCUGUAGGCAAUUACAGUUAUGUCCAAGG